ACAGCUACACAGAGAAUAAUUAUAGACUAUGCUAUUAAAUGACUAACAACUAGUGAACAAAUAAAUAAAAAUGAACUAGGAAAUAACACACAUAACACAAGAGAAUACAAUAUCAGAAAGCUAAAAUUUGAGGACUAAAGUAGAAGACAUAGAAAUUUGAGGUACGCCAAUGCGGAUUGGGCUAUGGCCAUGGGUAGCGGCAGCGGGGGUUGUAUUUCUUGUUGGGUAAGGCGGAAAUUCUCCCGUAUCAUCAUGUAUAGAUGAAGGAAGGGUUUUGUCUGGGUUUUGCAGAAAUCAAAUCUUAAUGAAGAGAUCGCGGGCUUAGCUUCUGCAAGUGAAAGACGAGGUCCUUCAAUUAGUUGCCCGAGGAGAAGCAGACAUCCGGAGAGAGAGAGAAAGCGAGUUCAUUCUGUUACUCUUCCGUCGCCGCCGUUUUCAGUGUUCCCCGCCUCGUUUGAUCAAUUGAUCUCUGGUAUCGUUCUGUCACUCUUUCCUCACCAGUCACCGUGAAUGAUUUCAUGUCUAGGAACUAGCCACGUACCGAUAUGAGGCCCACAAACUGUGUUGAUUCGGUCGAUUAGAAUAAUUUAUAUGCCUUCGUGAAUGAUUUCAUUUUGAUACUCUCUCUGUCGAACUUGGGACUAGGCUUGUUUUUGUGAUUGGUUGAUGGAAGAUCAGAAACCUUGGCGUUUCUGCUCUAACGUCUUUGAUUUAGGUUACCUUGAGUAUUCGUAUCUGAGGGAUGGCCCAACCUAGCUAGGGAUUGGUUUUAUCUAUUAUUGUCGGUGUUACUUAAUUAUGUCAUUCUCAGCGAACUCAGUUAUCUGAUUGAGCAUUGAUGUUGGAGUACAUAUGGCCUGGACCUCGUUGGUUUUGCUUUCAUUCUCUGUUGGUUCUUUCAUUGGUUUUGAGCAUUCGUGUCUGAGAUUCUGUUUGGGAAACUAUCCUUUCAAUUCAGGCACUCCAACUCUGUUUGUCUUAAGAUGAUGGUUUUCCAGAUUUGAUUUCUGAUCCUUUGCUCUCCAACUCAAACCCCUUGAAUAUGAAAAUUUUGCAGAGUAUAGGAAGGAUGUGGAGAAGUAGCAGCACUCGGCUUGUGAAGCAAACCUUUCGAUUCAGGCAGCAAGCAGCAGCAGUGCUGCUUGACUCACCGAAACUCCCAACCCUCUUUACCAUUACAGCUCCAAUUUCGACCUCUUCUGCCCCCGGCUCCAUCUCCCAUGGCCGCCAGUCUUCCCUUCCCACACUACGGAGCCCUCUAACAUCCCCCUUCUCCAUUGUCCCGGUUCGCCAUAUCCGCUCUAUCCGUGAUGCCAGCACUGGUUAUGAUAUAGCCCCACCGAUGAACUGGGGGAUCCGGAUUGUGCCAGAGAAGAAGGCAUACGUGAUAGAGCGAUUUGGCAAGUACGUGAAGACACUUCCAUCUGGACUUCACUUCUUGAUCCCAUUUGUGGAUCGAAUUGCUUAUGUACAUUCCUUAAAGGAAGAGGCCAUUCCGAUUCCUGAUCAGUCCGCUAUCACCAAGGACAAUGUCAGCAUUCUCAUUGAUGGCGUUCUCUAUGUCAAGAUUGUUGAUCCUAAGUUGGCCUCUUAUGGAGUUGAGAAUCCAAUCUAUGCUGUUAUUCAGUUGGCACAGACAACCAUGCGUAGCGAGCUUGGAAAAAUUACACUUGAUAAGACCUUUGAGGAACGAGACACUCUCAAUGAGAAAAUUGUGGAAGCCAUUAAUGUUGCUGCAAGUGACUGGGGUCUCCAAUGCCUUCGCUAUGAAAUAAGGGAUAUUAAUCCACCACGUGGAGUAAGAGUAGCCAUGGAGAUGCAGGCAGAAGCUGAACGUAAAAAGAGGGCCCAAGUUCUUGAGUCUGAAGGAGAGAGACAGGCAAACAUUAAUAUUGCUGAUGGAAGGAAACUUGCUGCCAUAUUGUCAGCGGAAGGUGAAGCACAAGCCAUCCUAGCUAAAGCUGACGCUACAGCCAAAGGAAUCACCCUCGUGUCGAAAACCCUCAAGGAGAGUGGUGGAGUAGAGGCAGCAAGUCUAAAAGUUGCUGAACAAUAUAUCCAUGCCUUCGGCAAUAUUGCCAAGGAGGGGACUACAGUGUUGCUUCCUUCUUCGACCGCUAAUCCGGCCAGCAUGAUUGCCCAAGCGCUGACUGUGUACAAAAGCUUGCUUGGAAAGACUCCUAAUGCUGGUGAGGGGAGCUCUCCUUCACUUGAGUUGUCAGGAGGCGUGGAUAAAAGAUUUUCCAUUGAAGAUCACCACAAUAUUGAGGGAAACCAUGUGAAGGGCGAGUCUGGCUUUUCGCUGCAGAAGAACAAAGGAGAGUAGCAAACUGGUGGCAAGAGACAUAUCAGGACAAGUGAUAGGCCUCAAAUCAAAUCUAUUGGAUUGUUUUUGUAGGGGUUGUAGCUGUAGCAUGUUUGACAUGAAGUCAACCUUGAUUCCCAGUUACCUUCUAGUUUUGGAAUGGCCUUUCCGGAUUAGACACUUUUCUGAGGCACUCAUCAAAUGUUAAUUGAACACAGGGAGAUGUUACUUGACAUUGGAUAUUGGAAAUAUCAAUGCAGAGCAACAUCUGAGUAGAUUUUGAGGUUUUACUUGGUGCAUUAACAAUGUAGAAUUUGCUAGCAAGUGCUCAGGGACUAUGAUAUUAGCUAAUUCUGGGUCAUAAACUGUUGUUAUUUACAACAAAAGAUGAAGCUUCUCAACAGAUGCAGAAGCAAUGUACAUCAUAAAUUUGAAGCCACCAUCCAAGGAUGCCCCUUUCCGUUAAUAUUUUGUACCCUGGAUGUCAAUCUAACGGUUCAACAGUGAAAUGCUCUGGGGAUCAACAAUAAGAACAAUAAAUGGUGUCAUGAACAAGGAUUUGGUCUAGCGGUUAAUCCAUUAGUCUUCGAGCUGGAGUUUUUCAUGUUUGAAUCCCUUCAGUAGCACCAAAUGUUAAUACAAAACCUAUAUCACC